CCUAAGUUGUUUCUCCACGAGGUGUCUCAGUUUCAUCAGGGGACGGUCGUUUCUCCUUCCGCCCCCUUCAUCUUACACGCAACACUACUACCCCAGGACCGCGCAAAUCAAGUACGAUCUUCUAGCAUAAUAACCUCCGAGUCUCAGGUGGUCGUUUCAGCUCUGUUUCAAACAUGGGUUUUGGUCUGGAUCUUUAUUUUUACCUUAGCAAUUAUGAUUUUGGAUGGCUGCUGGAGUUUCUACGGGGCAUGCUGAAGCCAGUGGCUGCCCUUGCUGUGGUGCUAAUGGCGGUGAUUUUGUCCCGCUGCCAAAAACUUGGUCUGGAGAAAGAAAUGGCGUAUUCCAUUUUCAGGGCAUUUCUUCAGCUCUCUGUUAUUGGCUUUGUACUUCAGUUCAUCUUUAACCAGAAAAACAGCGGCUGGAUCAUUCUUGCUUAUCUUUUCAUGGUCUCUGUUGCUGGUUAUACAGCAGGGCAACGAGCUAAACAUGUCCCUCGUGGGAAGUAUGUUGCUGGAAUUUCUAUAUUGGCUGGAACAACAGUGACAAUGUUCCUCCUUGUUUUAUUGAAUGUUUUCCCUUUCACUCCACGGUACAUCAUUCCCGUGGCAGGGAUGAUGGUUGGGAAUGCAAUGACUGUAACUGGGGUUACAAUGAAAAGGCUCAGAGACGAUAUCAAGACACAAAUGAACCUGGUGGAGACAGCAUUGGCUCUAGGGGCAACUCCACGCCAAGCAACUAUCCAACAGAUGAAAAGGUCUUUGGUCAUCGCGCUUUCUCCAGUGCUGGACAAUGCCAAAACGGUCGGUCUGAUCUCACUUCCAGGGGCAAUGACCGGCCUCAUAAUGGGAGGGGCUUCCCCUCUAGAGGCUAUUCAGUUGCAGAUUGUUGUAAUGAACAUGCUUAUUGGUGCAUCUACUGUUAGUAGCAUCAUGUCAACGUACCUCUGUUGGCCUGCCUUCUUCACCAAGGCAUAUCAGUUAGAAGCCAAGGUUUUCGCGUCAAAUUGAGGGGUAUUUUUUUUUGGUAAUUUUAGGCCUUUAGCUUUCUGAAAUUCCAUCCUUAAGCUAUUUGAUUGCAGUCGAAAUUGCAAAAUGAAACGAAUAUCGUAGC